AGCCCGCGGUCACACUGUCCACCAUGUAUCUGUGAAAUAAACAAAACGCACUGCAAAAAAUGAAGUAAUUAACGAUGUAGUGCUGUUGUUUUUGAGCCACUAGUGAAUUAAUUUAAAGCGGGGGCAACAUGGAGAGGUUUGCAUUUAAGAUCGAUGCAGCGCUCAAAGCGAAUCUGUACAAGAUCUGCCGUCUCUGCGGCAUCGAUAAUCCAAGCAAGGUGCAAAUUCUGCCGCCCAAUGAGGCCAAUAUUAUAGACCUGGACGAUCCGAGUUUAUCCCAGAAGGUGUUGGAGCUGAUUGGCUUUACGGUGACAGUCGAUGACAAAAUGCCGCAGACAAUGUGCAGCAUUUGCGUGGAUAAAAUCAAUGAUUUUUACGAGUUUAGGGAAAUGUGCUAUGCCACGAACAAGCAGACGCGCAACCUGCUGGGCCUGCCACAGCUGGAACCCCUAAAGCUCAUAUGCAGCCAGUCCAUGGUUAAGGCAGAGCCGCAGGUGCCUGGGAAGCGAGGACGAAAACGCAAGACGGAUGAGAGCUUUCUGAAAGCCAAGAUCACCGAAAUGCCAGAUGUAAAAAAGGAGCCCUUGGCCUGGCGCAAAAAGCAGCGACUGCAGCAGACGCAGACUCAACAGUAUCAGCAGCUGCUGGUUACCAAAACAGAGCCAGAAAUCAAGGACGAGCCCAUGGAUCCUGAAAAUCGUCUCCGACUGCCAGGGAAAAAGGGCCGCAAGGCGAUAUGCAGUGUGUGCGGGGAAAAGUUCGCCAGCAAGGAGAUGGCCGAUGAGCAUAAGAGCGCGGUACAUGUACCCUCGAUACCGCGAUACAUUUGCAACGCCUGCAAUCAGACGCAUCACAACCCGACCGACAUUCGAGCCCAUCAACUCUGGCACAAGCUGUCCAAGACGCCGUACAAGUGCCCGCUGUGCGACUCGUAUGUGGCCAACAACUACGCCUUUACCCGUCAUCUGCGGGAGCACACGCCACAGACACCUGUUCAGCUGCUUGUUCUCGAUCGCGAGUGUCCACUGUGCAAGAAAACGUUCAUCACAAACUUCUUCUACAAUACCCAUCGUUGUGCCAUACGCAAACGUAAGUGUGGCGGCUGCAAUCGAACCCUCAACACGGAGGUGGCCUUCUUGCGGCAUGCCCCCGUCUGCUCAAAGAUCUACCUUAGCCACUCGAAGCACAUUAUGCCCGAGGAAGCCAACACCGAAUCACAGAUGUGCAUUAAAAACGAGGUAGAGGAGGUGGACAGCUCAGGUUGCCCUACCUCUGUUAUACCGCCUGACUUUUUCAUUAACGAGGACAUGCAGCCGGUUGUGGUGCUCGAGCGCCUGGCUUCGCCUCUGCUGCGAGCCUUUUCUGCAGAGCCGCAGAAUACUUUGGGAGCCAGCAGGAGUACAAGUAGCGAGCGAGUUUCCUCGAAAAAUUAUUUGAAGCGCGUCGACCAGCUGCUGAAGAGCACAAUGAGCACGUUGGUGAGCAUCAAGCACGAGCCAGAAGUGCACAUAAAUGAUACGAUGCAGACAGCCACCGUGCAACCGGAAAGCGAACCAGAGGAGGAAGAACCUGCCAGCUUCAGCGACUUCCAUGCAGCCAACGAUGACAGCGAUGAGGAGGAAGCGGAAGCUGCGACGAUGGCUGCCAGCAUAGACGACAAUGUUCCCAGUGUAUCGGUGAAGCAGGAGCCUCGUGACAAUGCCUACGAAAAUCAGUCGCAUGUUAAACAGGAGCCACUGAAGCUGAAGCUGAAAAUUACCAACAAUCAUGGAAAGCUGAACUCUUCGCUGAUCGAUGAGGCGGGGCAGAGCAAGAGCAACAAGAAGAAAAAGAAGCGCAAGCACAAGGAGCGGGAAAAGGAAGCCGAGAGCCAACCAACAGCUCAGGAUCUCCCCAUGGUUAGCAUUAAACAGGAACGCAUAGACGCAGAAAAUGUGCCCGAUGGAAAUCAGAGAUCAACAGAUUUCCAGCCCCAGGCCACUGUGAUGACUAGCAUACCGAUGGCCCAUCUGGAGAGCAGCUUCACAACGGAACGGGACGAGGCAAUGACGCAAUGCCCUGAGCCCGAGAAAGAUGUCAAGCCCAAUCGCAUGGAGCUGGAUCGCCUCAUGCAAAUCACGCAUGUCGCCAGCGGUGUGGACAUAGCCGAGGAAGCCAUGCCUCUGGACAAGGCCGUUGAAGCUACGCCCGAUGAGCCACUGCCCGCCGAUGAUACAUUCAUUAUGCCACCAAAGGCAAAAUCAGCCAAGCCAACUGCCCGUAAGAGUACUGGUGGAGCCACACGCAGGCCGCCUUCAGCAGAAGACGCUUCGCCUCGGGAGACGACAGCACCCUUGCUGCAGAUUGUGGCCGUGGAAAGUGGAGAGGCUGUAUCUUUCAAGAUGCCAGCCGAUAUUCGCAUUAAGCCAGAGCCUCGUAAUCGCGGCUAUGCUGACGAUGAGCGCGAGGACAAGCCCACGCAGGAGAUCAAUCACAAUGAGAAGAUCGACGAGGAGAAUGCCUUCAUCAAUAGCCUGGACUUCAACAAUAUGAUCGUGAAGCAGGAGAAGGACCUGGACAUUUCCGAUCAGACUGGAAAUGGCUCCGACCCGGGGGCCAUGCACCAGAGUCACAACGGCUUGGAAAGGGGCAGCGAGAGUGAGGACUCUGACGGCGAGGACAGUCCCUCUGAAGCCGAUGAAGCCGAGGAAGCUAUGGAGGAGGAUGAGGGCGAACGUAUCUAUCGCGAGAUUGAAUUGCCAUUACUAGAGCCAGAAAAAGAAGGAGAAGCAGACAAACAGCAGAGCGAAAAGCAAUCGGAAGAGUCCAUACAGGUGCAGGAGGCACAGUCGGAGAAUCUGGAACUAGAGAUGCCAAUGGAAACUCCAGUAGUAGUUGGAUGGGUCGAACAGCCAGCUGUGGAAGAGUCCAUACAGGUGCAGCAGGCACCGUCGGAGAAUCUGGAGCUAGAUAUGCCAAUGGAAACUGCAGUGGUUGUUGGAGGGGUAGAGCAGCCCACUGUGGAGUUGGUGCAGUCACAGGAAACUCCCACAGCAAACGCUCCAGAGGAGAUGCGGCCGCAAUUGUCAACACUGCAGGUGUUGGGAGAGUUGGAUUCGUUGCUGGAAGUAACAGGACUGAUUGGAGAGGUAGAUCCGCCGCAGGAAGCUUCCAAAGAUUUGGAGGAAAUAAAGCCGCCGCUGAACACUCUCGACGUUGUUGAGGAGAUACAUCAGGCACUGGAAAAUCUAGACGCUGUUGGAGAUAUGGAACCGCUAGUGGAAAUUCCAGAGGGGCUUGUGCAGAUAGAGCCGCCACUAGAUACUCCAAACAUAUUAAGUGCACAGGAGCCAGUCAAUGCUUUUGAUUUUGUAAUAACUGACAUCUGCAGCCAAGCAGCAGAGAUUCCAGAAAUCGCUUAUGUUCAGAGUCAAAACAUACCGAACUUAAGCUCUUCCCCGCCGAAUCCAGAGCCGCUGGAGAAUGCGGACACUGAGCACGACAGCAGCGAUUGCCAAGCGGACACCCUUCUAGAGAUUAUCGUCAAUGCACCCAAAGACAAUGAAACACAGGCCUUGCCAUUCAAUUUCGAGACAGGCACCGCCAUCUGUGACGAGGAGCAGCAGAAUGUGCUCAACCAUGAGCUCUCCGAACAGCAAGCUCCACUCGAUGGGAAUGUGGAGCAAUCGGCAGAAGCCGAGGAGAAGAUUUUAGCAGUAGAAGAGGAACUGUGCCUACAACUCGAGGAGCAGGAGGAGGAGCUGCCUGGGCCGUCGGCAAGGCCAAACGAAGAGACUGAGAAUCGCAUCAAUGAGCAGCAGCAGGAGAUGGAUCUAGAGGGCCAACGGCAGCCCCGCUGCCAGCUAGAUGAUGACUCGAACAUCAACGAAAUUGCGGAGAACAACAAUAAUGCCAACAUUGAGCGUGAACUGCAGGACGAUUCGAAUGUGCCUCAGGAAAACGUUAGUCCUUAGACUCUACCUUCAACACUAAAUUAAUUGAAUUGGUUGCUCUCAAGCCAUCACAUCAUCUCGUUUGCACUCCCAAGAAGCUGUACAUAUAAAUAAUAUCCCAUUGGAGAAGGCUGGAUGUUAGAGGGGAUACGUCUAUAAACACGUACACAAUAGUUUUUAGACUACCGAAAGGGCGAAUUCACUUUAUGAUGAUGUUAACGUUUAAGUUAGAGAUACAACAAUUUAUUAUAUAAAAGAAAAGCUUAUAAUAGUAUUUCAAUACAAUACAUAAAGUGCACAUAAA